AUGAAGAAGGAUCAAGAGGAAUGGCAUGAUAGUGAGAGAGAACUUUCUUACAUGCAUUGCGAAGGAAUAAUGUCCGGUGAAUUGAAACACGGUCCAUUAGCGAUGGUUGAUGAGAAUUUACGCAUUUGCAUGAUCAUCUGCAAGGACACAGUAUAUUCGAAGUCGCUGAACGCUUUACAACAAGUGGUAGCCAGAGGUGGAGCGCCGAUCAUUAUUGCUGACAGACAGUGCGGAAAA